CGCCGACUCGGGAACCGGACUCACUCUGUCACUCGGGAACCAAGGCUCCGAGUCCGAGGUAGAAACGAAAGAGAAACUGAGAAAGGGAGAAGGGAAAGCAUGAAAGGGAAAUCAGUUUUCCGUCCGUUUCUUCUCCGUGAAGCCUUCAAUUUCCGGUCGAUUUCUUCUUCUUCUUCGUUUCAUCUGAACCAAAAUUAUUUAAUUUCAACCCCAAAAACAAAUUCUUCAAUCCCCAGCAAACUCUCUUCAAAUUCCAUCCCAGAAAAAUUUAAUCUAUCCAGUCCCUUCUCGAACUUUUCGAGAGCUUUUUGCUCAGUACCCCCACCUCAAUUCGAAGAAGAUUCAUUGCCAGUUCCGCCAAAUGUUGUCCCCAUUAAGUCAGAAGAAGAGUUCAACGCUGCACUUAGCAAAGCUGAAGGGGAAUCCGUGCCGGCUGUUUUCUAUUUCACUGCUGUAUGGUGCGCUCCUUGCAGAUACAUCUCUCCGGUCAUGGAAGAGUUGGCUCGGAGAAACCCUCACGUGACAAUGAAUAAGAUUGAUAUCGAUGAGGAAGGCCUUGCAAGCACAUUGACAAAGUUAAAUAUUGCCGCUGUGCCGACUGUCCAUUUCUUUAUAGAAGGCAAAAAGAAGGAUGAAGUUGUUGGUGCUGAUGUUGCGUGUAUUGUUCAAACUAUGAACAAACUCUAUAUGAAGAAGAAUGAUUGAUGGUUAGAGAUAAAUGCUAUUCGACGAGCAAAAGGAAAACAUAAAUGAUGGUAAGAUUCCCUUGUCGGACAGUAGGCUUCUUUCACCUCCCUCCACAUGCUGAUUUUGCUUUAAACUUUUAAAUUGCCAAAUUCUUCCUGUAGAAGGCUGAAUUUCUAUUCAGGUUGUAGAUUAAUAUGCCUACUUAUCAUUUUUGUAUCGUAUUUGAUUAAAUAUUAAAAACAUAUCGUAUGAUAUGCAAUACAUAUUUAUGAUAUGAAUGUAUAUCAUACCAUACAAUCGAUAUAAUUUUUAUUAAUUUUAUUGUAAUUAAUUAUUAAA